AUGUCACUGAGCCCCUGCUCGUCUGACCCUAACGUCUCAGGCAAAAAGGUGCUGACGGUGACUGAGCAGGCGAAAGCUGAAAAGGGACAGGAGAUCGGUGUCUCCACCGGCCCUUCCCUGGAGUUAUGCGUCGUCCCCGCCACCUUGGGCUCCUCGGUCGCGGCCGCCGCGCUGGAGCAGCUCUUAUUUGUGGAACAAUCGCUGCAAAGUGACUAUUUUAAAUGUGAUGAAGCAGCUAGGAUCUUUCUUCAGGACAUCGCUGUAGCUGUUAAAAAAUUGGAACAAAUGAGAAAAGCCACAAUUGAUCUUCUAGAAAUUGAAACCAUGGAACUCAGCAGACUAUAUUUUCUAUUGGAAACUCUUCCCAAGUGCUUUAACAGAGAAAUGGAAGAAUGUGUCAGAGAUGCUCGCAAAUCAAAUAUUUUUGAGAUAAAUAAAUUAUACCAAAAUAUUGCAAGUACUGAUUCUGAAAUAGAAUCCUUAAAGAAAACAUUAAUAGAACUGGAUGAAACUAAUAAAAUUCUAGGUGAAAAGCAAGAAAGAUUGGUGAAACAGCAUAAAAAGUUUGUCCUGUCACUCAACCAUGCAAUGAGUGAAAAAGCCGACACAACUAUUUACAUAAAUGAGACUUAUAGCAAGAUAAACCUGAAGAAAGAAGAAAUUCGAAUGCACAAACAGUGUAUUGAAGAAAUAGAGGAGAAAAUGGAAAAAGAUAGAGAAGAGCAUGCAUUACAAAAAAAGACAUUGAAUACACAGAUUGAUGAAUUGACACAUAUCAGUGAAAAUAAAAAAAAUAAUACUUAUAAGAAGAAGAAAGAAUUGGAUAAAUUAACUGUUAAAAUGUCAAAAAUAAAACAAACUAUUAUUUCCACCUCAGUGGUUCUUAGCGAUCACAAUUUAGAGAUUGAAGAAAGAAAUGGAGACAUAAAAGACUGGGAAAUAAAGGUUAAGGAUUUGGAGAAAAUUCAACAGACCCUGGAGAAUAAAAUAAAUUUUUUUUCUACUCAUAAGGAAAAACUCAAUGAAAUAUCUACUUCUCAGAAAGAGGAAUUUCUGAACAAGAUAAAAGAGGUUGCUGAAAAACUCCACUAUGCUCGUUCAGAGAAUAAAGACCUACGAGAAAAACUAACUACUCUUGCUAAACAGUAUAAGAACAUCUUACAUGAAGAGGAAGAAGUCUUUUUAAAGAGAAGGAACAUGUUUAACGAAUAUCAAAAGCAACAGAAAUUUAUUGCACAGAAAGAACUUUACCUAGCACAAAGAAAACUAGACAUCAAAAACAUGAAAGAAGGACUCAAAACACUGGAAGAACUUCAUAAAGAAAAACAGGAAAUAUAUAGGAAACAAAUAGAAAUCAUGGGUGAUAAUAGAGAAAGAGAAAAGCAGAGAAGUGUUAUAUAUCAGUGGAAUAUAGCUCAUUUGCUGAAAAAACAUAAGCGAUGGGCAGAUGUAAUAACGGCUGAAAUAAAAAACCUUCUACAGCAAAUUGAGGCUACACAACAAAGAAAAACCUCUUUAUCAGAAGAGACUGACAGUAGAGAAAAGGAGAUUGAUUUAUUUGUGGCACAGAUUGAACAACUUACAGUAGAAUUAAAAGAAGAGGAGAAGAAAUUUGUUUGCAAAGAAAAACAGUUAAUUGCAGACAUAAAUAAGUAUGAGGUUAAACUUGUUAAGGAAGUGCAAGUUAACAAAGAAAGGGAAGAAGAACUAGCUGAGUGUCUUCCACAACUUCAGGAGGCAGAAGAAAUAUUUGCAGAAAAAUAUAGACAGUUUGAAGACCUUACAAGUGCUCUUUCAGCACAAAAGCGAGAGGAGACGUUAAUAAGCCAUUCCAUUUUUCAGACAAAAAGAGACUUAUCAAGAUACACUCAACACAUGGAUAAAACAAAGGAAGACCGAAACUAUUUUCGUAAGCAAGAAAGCUUUAAAACCCAAGAGCACUUUGAAAUUCUGAAGAAUUUAGAAAAUGAAAUCUAUGUAAAUGACCAAAAGACAGAGUUUUUGCUCGUGGAAAAUGAAAGAUUAAAAAGAUAUUUAGUAUUCUUGUCCAACAACACAAUUCAAAGUUGA